AUGCUUCUCUGUGUGUAUGUGUAUAUAUAUAUAUAUGCAGAUCUGAAGCUGAAAUAUGUAGUCCAUACCAUCAUGGCUCAGUUAGUUGGUGCAGAUGAAAUAGAAUCAUUCAGAAUAGAGCUAUCAGAGAUAGGAAGAAGCUUAAGAUCAUCAUUUCGGCAUCACACUGCAAGUUUUCAUAGCAAUUCAGCAACAAGUUUUGGAGACAAUGUUGAUCCUGACAAUGAAUCUGUCUUACAAUGGUCUGCUAUCGAUAGACUGCCAACAUUUGAACGGUUAAGAACAUCUUUGUUUGAUGAAAAUGAUGGAAAUGAAGCUGAUAGUAAAGGAAGAAGAGUGGUUGAUGUUACUAAGCUUGAUGCUCCGGAAAGGCACAUGUUCAUUGAGAAGCUCAUUAAACACAUUGAACAUGACAACCUUCGCCUGCUGCAGAAAAUCAGAAAGAGAAUAGACAGAGCUGGAGUAAAAUUGUCUUCAUUUGAAGUCAGAUACACCAAUUUGUCCAUAGAAGCAGAGUGUGAGGUUGUUUAUGGGAAGCCCCUCCCAACUCUUUGGAAUUCUCUUAAAAGCAUACUCUCGGACCUUGCCAGGCUUCCAGGUUUACCAACACAACAAGACGCGAAGAUCAGCAUCGUAAAUGAUGUCAGUGGUAUCAUUAAGCCAGGAAGAAUGACUCUGCUACUUGGUCCUCCUGGGUGUGGAAAGACCACAUUAUUGAAAGCCCUCUCUGGAAAUUUGAACAAAUCACUAAAGGUUACUGGUGAGAUUUCAUACAAUGGUUAUAAAUUGGAAGAGUUUGUGGCACAGAAAACUUCAGCUUAUAUAAGUCAAUAUGAUCUACAUAUCCCUGAAAUGACUGUCAGGGAAACUCUUGAUUUCUCUUCACGCUGUCAGGGUAUUGGAAGCAGAACAGAAAUUUUGCUUGAGCUUACAAGAAGGGAGAAAGAAGCGAAAAUUGUUCCAGAUCCCGACGUAGAUACAUAUAUGAAGGCAAUUGCUGUUGAAGGACAAAAGACAACUCUUCAAACAGACUACAUAUUAAAAAUUCUCGGUCUUGAUAUCUGUGCGGACACGCUCGUUGGAGAUGCCAUGAGGAGAGGUAUCUCUGGAGGUCAGAAGAAAAGACUGACGGCAGGUGAGAUGAUUGUUGGACCUACGAAAGCAUUAUUUAUGGAUGAAAUUUCAAACGGAUUGGACAGCUCGACUACAUAUCAGAUUGUUGCUUGUCUUCAACAACUGGCACACAUUGCAGACGCUACCGUACUUGUGUCCCUUCUCCAGCCUGCACCAGAAACUUUUGACCUCUUUGACGACAUCAUCUUAAUGUCAGAGGGAAAAAUUGUCUAUCAUGGGCCUCGAUGUGAUGUUUUAGAAUUUUUUAAGGAUUGUGGAUUUAGGUGUCCAGAAAGGAAAGGAGUAGCUGAUUUUCUGCAAGAGGUUAUCUCGAGAAAAGAUCAGGAACAGUACUGGUGUAAAACUGAGCGAACUUACAGUUUCAUUUCUGUAGAUAUGUUGUCAAUGAAAUAUAAGGAAUCUUCUUACGGAAAGAAGCUUAGCGAAGAGCUUUCGGUGCCAUUUGAGAAGUUAAAGAGCCAAAAAAAUGCCAUUAGUUUUAAUGUGUAUUCUCUUCCUAAAUGGGAUCUCUUUAAAGCCUGUAUGUCCAGAGAAAUUCUUCUCAUGAAAAGGAAUUCUUUCAUUUAUGUAUUCAAAGCUGUUCAGCUUGUCAUUAUUGCAUCUAUAACUAUGACCGUAUUCUUGCGGACUCGGAUGGGCGUUGAUCUUGUCCAUGCCAACUAUUACUUGGGAUCUCUAUUUUAUGCUCUCGUCAUUCUUCUUGUUGAUGGAUUCCCAGAGCUUACUAUGACUGUUUCAAGGCUAGCAGUUUUCUACAAGCAGAGAGAUUUUUACUUCUAUCCGGCCUGGGCAUAUGCCAUACCAGCCACCAUUCUCAAGAUUCCUCUCUCGUUGUUGGAAGCUCUGGUCUGGACAUCUCUUACUUAUUACACUAUUGGGUAUAGCCCAGAGGCAGGGAGGUUUUUCCGCCAAAUGAUAUUAUUAUUUGCCGUGCACUUGACCUCAACAUCUAUGUUUCGUUUCUUGGCAAGUAUGUGCCGGUCAGUGGUUGCAUCUACAACAGCCGGUAGUUUGUCACUAUUAAUUCUGUUACUCUUUGGUGGCUUUCUGAUCCCAAAAGCAUCCAUGCCAAGUUGGUUAAAGUGGGCAUUUUGGGUUUCUCCACUAUCAUAUGGCGAGAUAGGUCUUGCGGUGAAUGAGUUUCUGGCUCCAAGAUGGCAAAAAGAGCUCUCUGGUGAGACCACAGUAGGGCAGGAAACACUUGAAAGCCGUGGGUUAAGCUUUGGUGGACAUUUUUUUUGGGUAUCACUUGGUGCAUUGUUUGGGUUUACGAUACUGUUCAACAUUGGGUUUACCUUGGCCUUGAGUUUCUUAAAACCUUCUGGUUCUCGUGCAAUUAUUUCAAGUGAAAAACUCUCACAACUUCAAGGAAGAGAAGAAUAUGUUAGCGAAGCCCAUGCAGAACAGUCCAAAAAUUCCCCUAGCACCAGUACAAAAUCUCGUAGAGACAGAAUGGUUUUACCUUUUGAACCCCAAACCAUAGUGUUUCAAGAUGUGCAAUACUAUGUUGAAACCCCAAUGGCAAUGAAGGAGCGAGGUUUCACUCAGAAAAAGCUGCGACUUCUUUGUGAUAUCACUGGUUCAUUUAGACCUGGUGUUCUUACAGCACUUAUGGGUGUCAGUGGAGCUGGGAAAACAACUCUUCUCGAUGUUCUUGCUGGUAGAAAAACUAGUGGCACAGUGGAAGGAGAAAUAAAAAUUGGAGGGCAUCCAAAAGUUCAAAGAACAUUUGCUAGGAUUUCUGGUUACUGUGAGCAAACUGACAUACAUUCCCCUCAAAUUACUGUUGAAGAAUCAGUUAUUUUUUCUGCAUGGUUACGGCUGCAUCCCCAGAUCGAUUUGAAUACAAAAUAUGACUUUGUGAAAGAAGUCCUUGAAACCAUUGAGCUUGAUGGAAUUAAAGAUACGUUAGUGGGCAUGCCUGGUGUUAGCGGUCUGUCAACUGAGCAACGCAAGCGGCUCACGAUAGCUGUGGAACUCGUUGCCAACCCCUCCAUUAUCUUUAUGGACGAACCUACAACUGGACUGGAUGCUAGAGCAGCUGCAAUUGUUAUGCGGGCAGUAAAAAAUGUAGCAAAUACUGGGAGGACAAUUGCUUGCACCAUUCACCAACCGAGUAUCGAUAUAUUUGAAGCAUUUGAUGAGUUAGUUCUCUUGAAAGUUGGAGGACACAUGAUCUACUGUGGGCCUUUAGGCCAGCAUUCCUGUGAAGUAAUUCGAUAUUUUGAGAGCAUCUCAGGUGUGCCAAAAAUUAGAGAUAACUUCAAUCCAGCUACAUGGAUGUUAGAGGUCACUUCCACUUCUUCAGAAGCUGAACUUGGGCUAGACUUUGCCCAGAUUUAUAAGCAAUCUGCAUUGUAUGGGGAUAAUAAAGAGCUUGUAAGAAAGCUGAGCACCCCACCUCCUGGUUCACAAGAUUUGCAUUUCCCAACCCACUAUUCACAAAAUGGUUGGGGACAAUUCAAGUCCUGCCUCUGGAAGCAGCAUUGGUCUUACUGGAGAAGUCCUUCGUAUAACUUAAUGCGCUCAAUUCAUAUGCUAUUUGCAUCCUUGCUUUUUGGAGUCCUAUUCUGGGAUCAAGGGAGAAAAAUACAUAAUCAGCAGAGUCUAUUCACUAUACUUGGUUCAAUGUUCAGUGCCACACUCUUCUGUGGCAUAAAUAAUUCCUCUUCAGUGUUGCCGUAUAUUAGUACAGAGCGAACUGUUUUCUACAGAGAAAGAUUUGCUGGAAUGUAUGCACCAUGGAUUUAUCCAGCUGCACAGGUCUUAAUUGAGGUUCCAUAUAUCUUAGCCCAAGCACUCGCAUUCACAAUCAUCACAUAUCCAAUGAUUGGGUAUUAUUGGUCAGCAUACAAGGUCUUCUGGUAUUUCUACUCUAUGUUUUGUACCCUGCUGUACUACACUUAUCUGGGAAUGUUUUUAAUAUCGGUGACACCAAGCUUCCCAGUAGCUGCUAUUCUACAGUCAACCUUUUACACAAUGUUCAACUUGUUUGCUGGAUUCUUGAUUCCUCUCCCGCAAAUUCCCAAAUGGUGGAUUUGGUUUUAUUAUUUGAUUCCUACAUCUUGGACAUUGAAUGGUAUGCUUACCUCACAAUAUGGAGACAUAGAAAAGGAAAUUAUGGUGUUUGGAGAAUCCAAAUCAGUAUCAGGUUUUCUGAGAGAUUAUUUUGGAUUUCACCAUAACAGAUUACCUAUUGUUGCUGUUGUAUUGAUUUUGUAUCCUUUUCUUUUUGCUUCUAUAUUUGCAUAUUGUAUUGGGAAGUUGAACUUCCAGAAGAGGUGA